AUGGCAGAGCUUAUGGAAUUGAUGGCCCAAACCAAUAUCAGUUCAAGUGAAAAUCUGUUAGCUCACAAAUACCAUGAACAUGAUGAUAUGGAAAUAUACAAGAACAUUAAGGACAAAAUUACUGAAUUCACAGAUGAAUCAUCGAUGGACCGUGAAGCGUUCAACGAAUUCAGUUAUAAUUCGGAUGAUUUCUACAAUGAAGCUUUAUCAUCUAUUAAAGGGAUUGAUAAGCAUGUUAUGGAGUGCAGCAACAAUAAAAGAAUCACUAAGCCAAUGUCUCCAGCCACGAAAAUAGUGUUGGUAAAGACAGAUGAAGGUCAUUCCACAACUAUAAGUGAACCAUCGAUUAUGCUGGCUGAAUUCAAAAAAAAGUAUAAGAAUGGAAAUAAGAGUAUUCUUGCAGAUUAUGAUGGUACUUUGGCAGAGUUGGAGAAGAAACCUGAUAUGGCUAUACCUACAUCCAGAGUUUUAAGUCUUCUUAAAAAACAUCCAGAAAUUAUUAUUUGUACGGGUAGAUCUUGUGAAAAGGUUGAUGAAUGGUUUCCUAUGGAGGUAGAGUGUUAUGCAGAACAUGGUGCUAUGCAUAGAAAGGAUGGGAUAUGGGAUGAUAUAAAAGCAAUCGAUAAACAACAGGAGGAUUUUAAAACGACAGUUCUGGACAUUAUGAAUUAUUAUAGAAAACGUACACCAAAUUCGUCAGUUGAGGAGAAGAGCUGCGGUGCAGCAUUUCAUUAUAGACAAUGCGGGAAUAUUGAUAAAAUUAUUCAAUUGAUGUAUUGCGAACUCAGUAAAUUGGGGGCAAUUAUGGGGUUUAUGGUUAGUGCAGGUAAAAAGGUAGUUGAAGUGAAACUAGGUUCCAAAGGUAAAAUUGUUGAUAAGAUCAAUCCAGGAGUUGUGGCAGGUGAUGAUUUAACUGACGAAGACAUGUUUGAACAUUCGAGGAAUAUCACAAUCAAAGUUGGAAAAGAUGAUACAAAGGCUGACUAUUAUCUUCAAAACACUGGAGAGAUGAUAACACUUUUAGAAGAAUUGAUGGAUAGCUCCAACAGUGAAUAA